AAUCCAUUCUCCAUCACUUCAUUCAUCCCAUCUUUCUCCAUUCCAUCCAAUAUUAUUAGCUAGCCAUGGCAAAAACUCCACAAAACCUCCAAGCAACCAUAAUGAUUCUUUUCAUCACAUUUAUAACCACAUUUCUUCAUGAAGCAAAUUCCCAACAAUUCUCACAAGCCAUAUCCAAAGACAAACUAGGGCUGACCAAGAUGACCGAAACCCUAACCCACCUUCACUUCUACUUCCACGACAUAACCGGCGGAACAAACCCUACUGCCGCCGUGGUCUCACAAUCCCCAUUGAAGGCCACUUCCAAGACUAAUUUCGGGUCGGUGUCGAUGAUGGACGAUCCAUUAACUGAAGGGCCGGAUUUGAACUCCAAACUUGUGGGGAAAAUGCAAGGGAUUUAUGGAUCGUCAUCCUUGGAUGAAAUAAGCUACUUGAUGGUUUUGAAUAUUUUGUUUGUUGACGAGAAGUACAAUGGGAGUACGAUCGGAAUUCUUGGCAGGAAUCCGCCACUUCACACUGUGAGGGAAAUGCCUAUCGUCGGAGGAAGUGGAGUGUUUAGGUUCGCUCGUGGAUAUGCUGAAGCAAGACCACAUUCUUACGUUGUGAAAGACGGGAUUGCUAUUGCUGUUGUGGAAUACAAUGUUUACAUUCUCCAUUAUAAUUAGUUGAUGAUCAUCAAACUAAGUGAAUUGUGCACGACAUUUAUGUUUCCCAUUAUUAAUUAGUCAUCAAACUUUUUGAAUCAAUGUUGUAGCACUCUUCAAAUAUGGGUGCACAUUAUAUGUAAUGCUGUUUGUGGAAGACUAGCGCGAUGUUUGGGGUAAUAAUGAUGAGCUACAUUUCACAGAAGUUGAGAGGUUGGAUGUAAAAGUAACAUGUAUCGAUCUCGAUCGAUUAACUGUGAAAUGAAGCACAAUGAAUCUAUC